CAAGCCCCCCAUGAAACUUGCUCUCCCCACCCUCCUCGCCUUCGCCUUGUCCGCGUCCGCCUCCCCCGCCAAAUUCGCGCGCACCUCCAGCGCGGACAUCCAGGCGUACCUCGACGGACACAACACCGAGCGCGCGGCGCACGGCGCCGCGCCCCUCACCUGGAGCGACGACCUCGCGAGCGCCGCGCAGUCCUGGGCGAACGGCUGCGUGUUCCAGCAUUCCGGCGGCAGCCUCGGACCCUACGGAGAGAACUUAGCCGCUGGGAGCGGUGAUUACACUAUCGCUGACGCCAUUGGGGACUGGAACGCCGAGGAAUCCUCGUACGACCCGAGCAACCCGCAGCCCUCGCACUGGACGCAGGUGGUAUGGAAAUCGACCACCCAAGUCGGCUGCGCGGUCGCGGCCUGCAGCAACAUUUUUCCCCCCGAGUACGGGGUUGCGCAAUACUACGUCUGCGAGUACUCCCCCGCCGGCAACGUCAUUGGAGAGUUCCCGCAAAACGUGCAGAAGUAGUCGGCUUCCCUCCCCACUGGCAUAAUAUGAUCGGGUCACCGUCAUUGUCGCAAUUGUUGUGCUUGUAGUUAAAUUAUUUUUACUCAUGAUUGUAAUAGUCGCAUUCCCUCAGAAAGAACGAGAGAUAGGCAUGAAAUUGCAGAACUGCUCAGCCUCCA